UUUAGCUAUUGUUUUGUUUUUGUUUGUUGUUGUAGUGGUUGCCCAGUGGUUGCCAUUCAAUAUUUCUGUUUAAUUUCCAGUUCCGAAUGAUGCGAGAAUUAUUGUAUUAAAAAGAAUGGGCCGAACCAAAAAUACUCCCUCGAAAAGGGGAAAUACGUUAUUUAGUGCUUUGAGCACAAUCGGUGAAUUUGUUCCGCUUCACAGGCCAAAAAAAUAUAUCAAGAAGAAGUCAAGGACCACAGUACCCUCUUACAAAGUAAUUUUGGUUCAAGAACAGCACGAACAGUACUAUUUGGGUGAUGUUCGAGUGGGUAGUACUAGUAACGUGUUUCCAGAGAAUGUAAAUUCAUGUACAACAAGUUUUACAAGUAAUGAAGAUCGAGAUGCGAUUCUAUUGAAUUUGAAUGGUGACUGUGACUUGGUGGUGCAAGCAUUGGAAAAUAUUGAUUUUUUAAAGGAUUUCAUACAAACCAAAAUGUUCUCCUUUAAAAUCUAUACCCAAGAUGAAAAUUGUGUGUAUUUCAAAGUGUACCUGACCGUAAUCCCACUGCCGAAAUUUUAUCCAAAGCUUGCAAAAUGCAUUCAAACUGCCUUUUCAUUAUUUUACAACGUCAACGCACCAGAUGCAAUCGAAAAGUCCAAAACACAAGAAAGCCUUUCUUGCAGCGAACUAAAGGAAGUUUAUGAAAAACUUCUAGACAUGAGAGAUGAUUCUGAAUACAGCCAUGUAAAGAAAACACCAAUUCCUUUUUUGAAGCCAGUUUUGAGGCCUUACCAAGAAAAAUCACUUCAAUGGAUGAUUUAUAGAGAAACAAAAUCCAACGAUUUUAACUCCACAAUCCACCCAUUGUAUCAAAACAUCCAACUGAAAUCUGGCUUGGAAAUAUACUACGAUAAAUAUACAACAUGGAUCGAAAAAAACAUCCCUUUAGUCCAAAGUCAAUGGAAGGGAGGCAUUUUAGCAGACGAAAUGGGUCUUGGUAAAACAGUGGAAGUUUUAGCUUUGAUUUUGAGUCACAGAUAUGACGAAAAUUGUGACUCAACUGUCCCAAACGAAAAUGAGGAACUAGUCAUAAUGAAUCAGUCAAAAAAAAGAAAACUGAAUAUCAAUGACCAAACAUAUGUUGAACCAAAAAAAAUCAAAACCCAUGCAAAAAAAUCGUCAACAUUUCAAGCAUUGCAAACAAUCUAUAAUCGCACCCUAUCAGAAUAUUGCACCACAGAAGUCCGUUCCAAACCUAAAAUAAUUCAAGUACAAUGUAUUUGUGGCAACAAUAUUGAAAAAGACUGUGUCCAAUGUGAAGACUGUGACAAACUCCAACACAGUCAAUGUUUGGGCUAUAAAGAAGAAUUCGGUCCCUACAAGUGUCCACAAUGCUGGGCAAAAGCUGACUUAAUCAACUCAAAAGCAACUCUUAUAGUAACUCCUGCAGCUUUAAGACGUCAAUGGUGUAAAGAAAUGAAAACACACCUAAAAUCCGGCCUGAACGUGCUAAAUUAUCAAGGCAACAAUGCCACACCUGUAUAUCCUACAGAAUUUCAAAAUUACGACAUUAUUAUAACAACUUAUAAUGUUUUGCAAGCUGAAAUGCGACUAACAGAAACUAGUCAGGAAUUAAAUAUGCGUAAUGCAAGGAAAUAUUGGCCAGGAGGUAGUCCAUUGGUGCGUGUGAAAUGGUGGCGUUUGUGUCUAGAUGAGGCUCAAACUGUCGAGUCUCCAACAAGUAUAAUUUCUGCAAUGGCAGGCAAAAUUAUAGCUUGUCAUAGGUGGGCAGUUACUGGGACACCAAUAUCAAAAGGUGUAUCCGAUAUAUACGGAUUGAUUGACUAUUUAAAAAUGGAACCGUACAAUGACCCAGCUACUUGGAGACACAUUUUAUAUGAUAAUUAUGUUAGAGGCGAUACAAAGCCGAUGUUUGAGUUUUUGUCAAAAGUCUUAUGGAGGACCACAAAAGAUUCUGUUUUGGAUCAAAUAAAUAUCCCUCAGCAGACUCAGGAAUUGCAUUUGGUUGAAUUAUCUGCUGUGGAAAAAUUCUCUUAUAAGCAGCAGCAUAAUAGAUGUGCAAAGGAUUUUUUGGCUAUUAGUCGUAAAUAUCCUGCGGAUUUGGCUUUGGAAAAAAUGAACAAAAGUGACUUGAGAAAUUUGAUGGCACCUCUAUUUUCUCUCAGGCAAGCGUGUUCUGAUCCAAGUACUGCUAGAGGAAAUGAUCGCGAUUUGCCUUUAAAUAAAAAUACUUCUUCGAUGAAGGAACUUUUAGAGGCGAUAAUUUUGAGAAACAAAAAUGACUGCGAAGAAAAGUUGAGAUUAAUGAUAUCCGCGAUUAAUGGUGCUUCUGGAAUUCAGUUGCUCAUGGAUGAUCCUGACCAAGCAAUUCGCGGCUAUAGAAGAGUGCUUCAAUUAGCAGCUGAAUUUUCCAGUAAUGAAAAAAACAAUCAACUUACCGUUGAUAAAUUACCUCUCAUACAUGCUAUGCAUAAUUUAGCAGAACUCUUGGAUAUGUAUCAGUCUAAUGAUCACACUUUAAGAGACAGCACUUUGAGGCAAGAUUGUAUUGAAUUGGAAAAACAAUACAUUGAGAAAUUUAUGAUAGCAUCCGCAGCUGGAAAAGAAGCUUGUCAAACAAUAUCGGACAACAUAGAGGAACUUAAGGAUGAUUUCAAUUUGGAUUUUGGACAAUGGUAUUCUGACGGCUUCGAUUGGAUUGCCUUGAGCAAUUUUGAAAAUGAUUUGAUUAGUAGAAUUGAUAGUCAGGCUAUUGCCUCUGCUAUAGAUUGCGAUUUAAGGAAUGAUAAUUGUUUAACUUUACGUCGUACAGUCUACAAUUGGCACGCAACAAUAUUUGAACUAAGAGAUAAAUUAUUUAAGCUUAUUGAUUCAAUGUAUGAGCAGGACGAAGAAACGAAACAACUUUUAAUUGUUGACGGUUUAGUGGAAUCAGCCAUGGAUUGCCAUUUGAGGCCUCAGCUGGUCAAAGGCAAAAAAAUCAAAACCAAAAAAUGUAAAGUUUGUUUGGCCAAUAGGAGCCUUCAAAAUUACGAAGAAAAUUUGUUUACUGUAAAAAAUCGAGGGGACAAUAUCGAUGAAAUGAGCCUUAUUCGCUUUUCUAAGUUGAGAAUCGAAGAGCUUAUUCUCAAAGCUCUUUUGGGUUUAAUGAAAUCGAGAGAUGCCAAUCCUGAAUUGAUUAAAGAUGGCGAAACGCAAAUGCAGUUGUUUGAUGUCUUGAAAAAGGAGUUUAAGGAAAUCAGAAAAGUCUGGACCCUAUUAGAUCAACAAGUCUGUGCCCAAGAUGAAUUGGACAUAUGCAAAGUUCGUUUUCAAUUGAAAACCGCAGAAGAUUCCAAAACUAAAGCCAACAGAGAUUUGCAAAAUUUAACCAACGAAACUCACAAAGAUAAUUUGAAUUUGAUUCCAUUCAGACAAUUGCCCUACCAAGAAUUGGGCUUAAAAACUGAUGAACAGCGUUACAAUGCUGAAUUGCAAGUACUUUUAGGAACCAGGAAUUAUUUGAACACUUUAAACCAACAACAAUUUGAAGGUUGUGCUACUGACCCGUGUCCAAUUUGCAGAUGCUCAUUGGAGGAUACUUGGGUUAUUUUACUAUGUGCUCAUACAUACUGUUUGAAAUGUUUUGAGACAUUAGUUAAUAAAAAUAUGUGUCCUCCUUAUCAUAUAUAUUGUUGUGUGUGCAGAUUAAAGCAAAGUAUACAAGAAGUAGGUUACAUUAAAGGCACUAAUGUGAAGGAUGAAAAUAAUAAGGAACCACAAACAAAAGUUUUAGGGGAUUUUUCUAAAAAAAUUCAAGCUGCCAUACAGCUUGUGUUGAAUUUGAAGAAUAAAGAUCCUUAUGUCAAGGUAUUACUCUUCUCCACAUGGACUCCAGUAUUAAGAUUACUAAAAAGAGCCUUAACAAUGAACGAUAUAAAAUCAGGCAUCGCUGAAGCUACAAGCACCUCUGAAAAAACCAUAGAAGCAUUCAAAGACCCCGUUGAAAAAAUCACAGUACUUCUCUUGCCCAUAAAACUAGGUUCCAGAGGUUUGAAUCUUAUCGAAGCCACUCACGUGAUCCUUCUAGAGCCUCUCCUCAAUCCUGCCGACGAAUUGCAGGCAGUCGGAAGAGUGCACCGAAUUGGACAGACCAAACCGACAGUAGUUCACAAGUUUCUAGUGAAAGAUACUGUGGAAGAGGCUUUACAUAAUGCUACCAGUUCUAACGCUUCAGAAUGGGAAAAGGGUAAAAUUAAUGUAGGAUUGUUGAAGGGUCUUUUUGAAAAUAAUAAUGUCGAAUUGGUAGGUUAAGUUUGUGUUUUAUUAUAAAUUUAAGAUGUUCAUUUAGAUGUAAGUAUUUUUUCAAUUAUGGUAGGAUUUGAUAUUAGGAUCACAUAUUUAAUAUUAAUAAAUAUGAUGUGGCCAAUAAGUGAUGUUUCAGUGUUUGUAUUAAAUAAAAGAGUAAUAAAUUAUUAAUGAAGUACACAUAUGGGUAACCUCCAUAAUGAAUGAAAGUCUAACCUUACUUUUGUGUGAAAACAAAGAAUGUUUUUUCCUUUAAAUUUAAGCUUAGUUUUAACGAUAAUAGUUGGCUUGGUGUGUAUAAUAGGUGAUUAUUUAACAGCAUUAUACAAUGCACCCCUAGCAAAGGCCUUAUGUGAUAAUGUCACUCAUGCAGUGAUUGGAGGGCUUUGCUGGACUAUAACUUAUUUAAAUCGUGAUAGAUCUUUCAAGGAGCCUCGCAGGAUACUUUUAGAGAUAUUUUUCUGCUCUAUUAUAGCCUCAUUCAUUGAUUUGGAUCAUUUCAUUGCAGCCAAAUCAGUAUUAUUAAAGGAUGCCACUAAAUUAAAACACAGGCCAUUACUCCACUGUUCUACCAUUCCUUUAGUAUUAUUUGCAAUUCUACUCGUGCUGAGUUAUGCUUUGCAGCAUGUCCAAUUGAAAAGAGGGGCUUUAAUAAUGCUGACAGCAUUUGCAACGCAUCAUGUAAGGGAUGCUUGGCGAAGGGGAUUGUGGUUUUAUUUAUAUGGAAGCACUGCACCUUUGCCAUACACCUUUUAUGUUAGUUUUACUUGUUUGUUGCCGUAUUUAAUUGCGUUAGUUGAUAGGAAGUUUAUUGUUGGUAGUGUCGGAGAAGUGAAGGGAUAUACACAUGUGAUAUAAUUAUUUUAGUAUUAUAUAGGCAAUUUGAUGGUACUAAACAAUGUUUAAUCCUAAAAAAAACUUGUUGAGAGAAGAUUUACAAGUUUAAUUUUUUUCUGGCUACAAUACAACUCUUGUAAAAAGAUGAAACUAUUCUUAACAAUUUGAUGAAAUGUUGCUGACAGGAUUUUUCUAGACACAAGAUUUUCUGACAACAAGAUUGGCUCAAAUUGGAUUGUUGACACCAUAGACAAGGUCUAGACUGAAUUUCUUACAAAAACUCUCUCGAAAGAAUUUUCUAUAUACAAGUUGGAAGUUUGAGUCAAAGACUUCUAGACUUCAAACCUACAAAAGAUUCUUAAUAAGAAAAAAAUUGUCAUAUAGUCCUUUUCCAGAAACGAAAAUUACAAGACUGUUGAUACAACUCUAAUCAAAGAAAAGUAAUACAGACCAGAUUAAAAAUGGAAUGUAUUCACAAACUCACAGGAGUUUUCUGGAGACAAGAUUACAAGUUUGAAAAAUGACUAAGCAAAAUAAUCCAAGCAAGUUUCUAAACACAAAGAAUAUGAGCUUAAAGUUUAACUCAAACUAGAGACUAGAAAUUCUAGUAUAAUAAUCUCCCUACAAAAACUUUCUCACAAGAAUUCUCCAGACACAAAGGUUGAUCUUGUGUAGAAGACAUGAAAUAUGGAAGUUUUCCUACUCUCUAUUCAAAGUAAAACAAACCAAUGAUUUUUAUAGAACCAUCAUUUAUUAAUCCAUAAAAGCAAAAACAAAAUAUCACAGGUUGUCUAUUACAAAUAGGUUUAAAAACAAAAUAAUAUGCACCAACAAAACAAACAAGUAUUUUUCUUUUCGAUAAAAGUUUAACGUCAACAUUUGAAAAUUUUGAAUAUCGAAAAAUAUGUAGUUUCAAAAUGAAUUUUACUAUAGAGGAACUUCUAAAUCUACAUAUUUUGACUAUACAAUUAAAUAAAUAAUAACCAUAAAAAUGGAUCAAUAAUAAUAAUAAUAAUAAUAAUAAUAAUAAACCCAACAAGAAAAAGCUAAUAUGGUUCUUUUCAAUUACAUAACUUCGUUUCAGGUAUCUAACUACAAAAAUAUACAAAAUAUACAUACUAUUGGGAAUAAAUAACCCUUAAUCAGGUGUAACUUAGGAUAAAUUUAUUGGAUACAUUUUACUAUGUAUUUAACAUUCUCUCUCUCAUGACCCUUCCUUAAAUUAAUCUAUUCAGUCCAGUUAAAAAAAUCCACUUUCAUUUACUUACAACCUACUUUCUGCCAAUCAUUUUUGUCUUUUUAUCACAAAACAAAAAUGGAUUAAAUAAAAUUGAUUUUUGCUCAGCAACUUUAAGUACCUACUAUGAAAUACAUAUAAUAAAGCAGUGACAGAAACAGUGUAUAUGAUACACAACUUAAAAUAAUUUUUGGAAACCAGCCAAAAAAAUAUAACAAAAUGUUUUUUGUACCUACUUAAUUAUAACAAUAAUAAUUACUGUCUGAUUUACAUUUACUCACUAAUGUUAAGCAAGAUUUAGGCCUAAAAAUUUAACAAGUUUUUUGAGUUUUGGGAACCGUAAUUUUGGAGCAAAAUUUUCAAUCUAAUGUAUUAUCAAGGACAGCAAUAUAUUUUUAUUUGUUGAGCUUAUUUUUAGUUAUUCUAAGGUGGUGCACACUUAAAUCUAAGCUUAAAAGGCAAUUUGUUUCAAUUACAAAAAAAAAAAUUGACUUUUAACUUAAUGGCAUUGCUUUUUUUUUGGCUUUUUCUAUAUAUUAACAUGUGUCAGAUUAUAAAAUAUUAUUUAUAAGUGCACAACUUUUGAGUCAUUACCCUAAUCGCUCCAGAAUGGAAAUUCUAAUAAUUUAAGCAACUAUGGAACAAUAUGCUUGAGAAUGAAUACUGUAACUGUAAUUGUGUUGAAAUACUGUCAUAGAAAUUCGGCAUCUAUGUUUUCUUUUUUCAACAAAAUCGGAAUAAUUAUUAGACUACCGAAAAUGUGCUUGUCCUCGCUGGUCGUAAUACCUACAGCAUUUGGUAUAAUCCUAGCAGUUUUUUCUUUGGUAAUUUCUUCGACUGUUAAAAUUGGUAUCAGCA